AUGAAGCUAUUUCAAGUAAAUAAAGAGAACAUAUUUGCUUUCAAGUCACUACAUGAAACUAUUUCACUAGUCCAGUCUCAGACAUUGACAGAGGAACAGUUUACCAGGGAGUAUGCAGAGGUUUUUGAAGGUGUUAGCCUCCUAUCUGGAGCACUGCGUUUGGUAAUAGACAGCGCUAUCCCUCCAGUACAGCUAAGAAGAAUCCCACUUGCUGUAAAGGACAAGCUUAAAGAUGAGCUUGAUCGAAUUGUUAAGCUGAAUGUGAUCACCUCUGUUGAUAAUCCUAUCGACUGGAUUUCAGUUACUGUUGUUGCCAUCAGGAAAGAUGGUAACAUCCGGCGGGGUUUUGACUCUAAACCGUUAAACAAGGCACUUAAAUUGAAAUCAAUGAUAUUUUGCCCGAUUCAACUGUUCUUGAUGCCAAGAAUGGUUAUUGGCAUGUUGAACUGGAUUAACCGAGCUCGUAUGCUACCACGUUUGGUACACCUCGGGAGCGCUAUCGGUGGUUAA